AAGUCUUUCAAAACGUCCCCCCUCCCCCCCCCAAUCCCUGUCCCCUCACCGAAAAGGAUGAGCAGCUCCAACAACAGGGCGUCCGGCCUCGACUCCAAGGACAACAACACCAAGAAGAAGAAGAAGACGUCGUCGUCGUCGUCGACCUCCUCCUCCUCCUCCUCCAUUACCACCAGCACCACCACCACCACGAAGAAGAUGAUGGUGUUGGCGGGGUCGACGACGAAGGUGACCACCACCACCACCGUGGCCACCGCCACCUCGGGCUGCGCGCUGAACCGGCUGAAGAGCAGGAGGAACCCGGAGCCCCAGAAGGACGAGCUGCGGUUGACCACCGAGGAGGAGCUGCUCCAGAGGGACUUCAUCACCCCGGUCAAUGUCCUGGGCCUGCAGAGGGUCACCGAGAACUAUUUGUGCAGACCUGAAGACAAUGUUUUUGACAUUGAUUUUAUAAGAUUUAAGAUUCGAGAUAUGGAAACGGGGACUGUUUUGUUCGAGAUUGCCAAGCCAUCAUCCUCAGAAACUGAAGAGCAGGACGAGGAGGAGAAUGGAGAGGUGGAUUCCAGUGCUGGGCGUUUUGUUCGUUAUCAGUUCACUCCUGCCUUUUUGAAGCUAAGAACAGUCGGUGCAACGGUAGAAUUUACAGUGGGAGAAAAGCCUAUAAAUAACUUCCGGAUGAUUGAACGACAUUACUUCAGAGAACAGUUGCUGAAAAGCUUCGAUUUUGACUUUGGAUUUUGUAUUCCGAACAGCAAGAACACAUGUGAACAUAUAUACGAAUUCCCUCAGCUUUCAGAAGAUACUAUCACCGAGAUGGUGGAGACUCCGUACGACACACGAUCAGAUAGUUUUUACUUUGUGGACAACAAGCUGAUCAUGCACAACAAGGCGGAUUAUGCAUACAAUGGAGGACAGUAACGCAACUGUGUUGUGACGUGUAUAUUCCCAACCAUCAGCACUGUCACUUGUCUAAGCCUGCUGUUAACGAGGAGAAGAGUAGCCACCUGACUGUGAAUUCAUUGUUUUUUUUAUCACUUCAGUGCAUUCUGCAUUCGAUUCCAAGUACCAGUGACCGAGACAAUUGGGUGGGGGAAGGGGGGCGGGCAGGGGCUCAAUUCGACUCGUGUAUUUCAUUCGCAUACUGAAUGUAACCAUUAAUUAUACCCAAGACGAAUGCGUAGCUGUGAUGAAAGAUUAAUUAGAAAUGGGACCUAAGUUUCCAUGUACAGGAAGAUUCACAUGGCUGUGGAUGAAUGUGGCCUUGCACUAUGUUCUCUAUUCUAAUAUGUGAGGGUGGCACAGGUGGUUAUUGAUUAGAGGACCAAAUUAUUCAACGUUCUAAAGACUUCCUUUCAACAAAAAAGGGCGCAAAGUUCACAUUUUUGUUACAGUAGACUUCAGUUUACUCGGUGACCAUACUGAAGUGCUUAAAAUCUGCUCUUUCAGCAGAAUGAAGAAAUGGAUCUGAAUCCCAAGACUUGAACUUGGUGGGGGGGGGGAAAGAAAAAAAAAAUGCUUCUUGACUGUUACACUUGUAUGCUGAUUAACAGCUUUACUAGGUCAGCCCAGUGGAGGCGAUGUAAGGUGUUUUUAUUUAAACGGUUUAAAAAAUAUUGUUGGGGGGGGCGGGGGGGAAAAACACAGGUCUGUUUUUGUACUUCAGUCUCAGGCUUCACACUGACCAGCUGAAUGCUUCAUUUUGAACAGGAUCCUGUAGUAACCAGGUGCGUUUUUUCAUGGUACAAAUCUGAAGCUGCACAGGACAAAUUACCCCAUAGAAUUUAUGGAAGAACUUAGUUUUGGCAUACUUUUAACGGUUAGAGUCUAACCCAUUGUGUAGAAAGUUCCAUUAUAUUGAGAGCUUGUUCUUGCCUUGCUACUGAUCUUGACCUGCAAAUAAACUGCAAUACUUCUGAGUUGUCAUUUAAAUGUAGAUGUCUAAACUAAAAAAAACUUAGAAUUUAUUUCGCAUCACAACCCCCUUAGGAAGUAGUAUUUAUUAACUCUUUGUUUGUACUUUACCUGACAAAAUCCUUCUGUUUAAUCACAAGAGAUGAUGCAGCAGUGUUUACAAGCCAGAAGCUUAACAUAAGGGGACACACAACACUCCUGCCAGGAAAUUGGUCUGAGAUUGCAAAAGCUGACAUUGUAUUUUUGGUCUGCAAUUUGAAUGUGAUUGACACUGUGUGACAUUGACAUGAUUGAAUGUAUUUGCCAAUGUCAUAAACUGAUUAGGUUUUUGUUUCUGGUAGGAAAUGUACUGCUUUCCUUCUGUUAAACAUACCAUUAGGUCAAACAUGUAAUUCUGGGUUUCUCUGGCUCUUCCUGCUUCACCUGGGGAAAAAAUGCAAAGCAUUUAAUUAACGCACCCUUGUAUGAUUAUCUCCCUAUCAUAUCUGGUGUUCACUUAUGCCUAAAACUUAACAUUGCAAGCGUUGAACAUUUCUUUUCUCUGCAGUGUCAGCAUAGAUUGCUCUCCAUUGCUCUUAAGAGCUUAACUUGGCUUGGCGAGCUUGUUAUGGGUUUUAACAGACUGGUGAUUAGACUUUUGCAGCGUUUGUGCUUUUGAGAAGAGGAUUGCACAUUGAAACACCAAUCACUAAAUAUUUAAGAUCCACAAGCAUGUUGCACUGAUGGUAUUCCUAAACACUGGGUUGAUAGCAGAAUCUGCCUUGUAAAGCAAUUCAUUAAUCAAUCAAUCAAAAGCCACUGCUUUGGGUCGAGUAUAAAGCCAGAGUCUGAUGAUGUGAACUGCCUUUUUAUAUUGCAAAUUACCUACAUUAGUUCCAGGUCAAAGAUGACUUGUUGGAUUAGUAUUCUUAGAGUAUAUGAUUUGGUACUUAGCAAACUUUUUUUAAAAAAUAAAAUCUUGGAGCAUAUUGAUGAAGCAAUUCUAUAUUAAUGCUUGUUCCUGGAUCUCA